AUGUCCUCAAAAUACGACUUCGUAAAGGAUCUUAAUCCGACGAAAGAAGAAUGGAGGAUUAAAGUGCGUGUAGUUAGAUAUUGGAAGGUUCCCAGUUUUAAUCAAAAAGAUUUUGAUGACAAUGUGGAUAUGGUUUUGGUCGACGAACGGCUCAUUGUCAGUUUUGUUGUUGUUGUUGUUGUUGUUGCGUGUUUUCAUUUUAUAGGGUGGAAGGAUCCAUGUUACGGCCAAGGGCCAACACGACAUGAAUAUCAUCUGUCUUUCAACUUGAGGACGGACGUGAAAUCCAUUGUUGAUGCUAAGAUUCCUGAGCGUGGUUUUGAUUUUGCUGAGUUUGACGUUAUUGAGAAAGAAUCCUCUGACUCUCCUUAUUUAAUAGGUGAUGGGAUUGGUGUAUUGUGUUAUGCGCUUUCAAUUAAGAUUUUGUAUAUAGGACGUAAGGCUGAAACCCAUGUUAUUUGUUGUGUAGACGUCAUUGGUUUGCUGUCUGGAAUUGGGGAAGUACGUGAACAUGUCAUCUCUGGUAGGAAUACAAAAAUGGUUGUCGUGGAGCUUGACAACCUGAGGGGUCAGAAACUUGAAUGCACUUUGAGGGAGUCAUACGUAGACGAGGUCCAAACUUUCUUAGCAAAGAAUCAGAGUGCUCAAAAUGUUAUAAUACUUCAGCUUGCAAGGAUAAAGGGUUUUAGGGGGUUUCCGAGGAAAUUUCUUACUGAUAUUAAGAAUUGCAUAGAUGCUACUACUUGCAUUACUUAUGGAAUUGUAAAAUCCAUUGAAAGUAAAUACAACUGGUGGUACAAGUCCUGUAAAGAAUGUCCAUAUUCAGUGUGCGAAGAUUUUGAGAAAUGGUAUUGUAAGAACUGUCAGAAACAUUGGAAUGAAUAUACUCCGAAGUUUAGUGUUCAAGUCAGAGUUGUUGAUAACACGGAUUCUGCUUCUUUCGUACUAUUUGAUAGAGACUGUCUUUCUUUAUUAGGAGUGAGUGCUGCUGAAUUGCGCGAGCAACAUUUUAAGCGGGGUGCAGAUUUAGAACAUUAUCCGGAAGAGUUGAACGUUCUUAAAGAUAGAUCUAUGUUGUUUAAAGUGAAUGUCAAAAUUAGCAAUUUGAACUCAUACAGUGAGCCAAAAUAUCAUGUGGCCAAAGUUUGCAUCAGUGAGAGUAUUAUCACAUCAUUUCUGAAGACCACAGUGGACCCAAAUGAUGUUCAGAGCCAAACCUGUGAUAGUACUGAUGAUGCUGAUAUUUCUCUCACUUUGUUGUCACCGUCUAUGAAGUAUGGUGAUGUUGUUGAAGAUAAAAAUAAUUGUUGA